AAAUUUAUUCGGCUUAGUCCCACCUCGUCCAAAAAGCGGCCAUCAACGCGACGGAGUCGUUCAGGCUCACGACUGCUCCGAUUCCACACCUCCAAUUCUAUGCCUAUAGCACACACGCGCACCCACGCCCAAGCUUGAAAGAUGGCGGCAACUGGUGCACUCGGCGAGCUUGCCGAGGUGCUCAACAACACCCUCGUCGUCGACAACGAGCGCCGCGCCCAAGCCGAGGCCAAGCUGAGGGAGGCCGAGGCGAAUCCAUGGUACUCACAGAGCUUGCUCCAGCUCGCCACCUCGACUCUUCCCAACCAGACACGCCUUGCGGCCGCUCUCGCAUUCAAGAACUUCAUCAAGAAGAACUACAGAUGGCUUGUCAAGGAACAGCGGCAUACGCUCCCCGACGAGCAGGUGAGCUUCCUCAAGCGGGAGCUGGUCGGCCAGAUGAUUGCGUCGCCGCGGAACAUCCAAGCACAGCUCGGAGCCGCAAUCACUAUUAUCGCUGAACAGGACUUCCACGAGCGGUGGAACGAGCUCAUGCCGGACAUCGCCUCGCGACUCUCUGCCGACGACUUCACUGUCACAAACGGCGUUUUGACCAUGGCGCACACGAUACUCGAGAGCUUGCGGUACGCCGACGGCGCUGACGACGACGCCAGAGGAAAUGUUGUGCACGCCAUGGAGAAUCUGGGCAAUGCACUCAAGGGCCUGCUCUUCGUUGCCGACAAGCACAUCCAGGAGAACACGAACAAUGAAACGCAGCUCCAGGGGUGGUUCGAGACAUUUAACCUCGUCGUUGAGAUUCUGCACGACCUGUCCACCAUCGACCUCCCGAAUUUCAUCGUCGACAACAAGAAUGACAUCUCGGCGGCUCUUUACAAAUACCUGCCCUACCAGAACCCCAUCUUUGAUGGCGAUGAGGAUGAGGCUACCAUCAUCGACCAGGCCAAAACCAGCAUCUAUGAGCUUCUCAGUCUCUGGUUUGCCAAGGAACACGAGGACUUCACUACGGCUCCCGACAGGGAGGUCAUCACCACGACGCUGAACCUGCUUGGUUCUACUGGCAUGGAGCCACGGCACGACCUCCUUGUGAGCAAGGCGCUGAAGUUCCUGACCAGCGCGGUAGCGACGGAUCCAUGCCACUUGGAAGCGUUCAAGAUUAAGGCGGACGGUCGGACAACCGACGACCUGUCGCCUCUCGCCUUCGAAGUCAUCAUGUUGAACAUCAGGCUGCGCGAAUCAGACGUGGAGUUGCUUACAAGCGAGCCCAUCGAGUUUAUCCGGCGCGAUCUAGAAGGCUACGAUACAGACUCCAGGCGAAGAGCGGCACUGGACUUCUUGAAGGUUCUCUUGGCGAAGCUUGGCGACGCGGCCACGACGGCGGUUCUCAAGCAGAUCGACGUUUGCUUGCAGCAGCCCGGUUGGGAGGCCAAGGACGUUGCCAUCAACCUCUACCUCGCGACGGCGGCCCAAGGAACCGUCACGGGCGCCAAGGGCAUCACCCAGCUCAACCCUCUGAUCGCGAAGCUUGAGCCGAUGCACAGUCUCGGCGUCGUGGGCUUCUUCGAAAAGCACGUCAUGUCAGACCUCUCGGCCAACGAACUCAUCCCCAAGGUCAACGCCAUCAAGUACCUGCACAACUUCCGGGCCCAGACUAUGGAAGUGCAUGGUGGUGCUGUGUUUGAAGCACUGGCCACUCAUCUGCACUCGGAUCAAUACGUCGUCUACACUUAUGCCGCCAUCACCAUUGAGCGGGCUCUGGUGCUCACAAAGCCAGGGGGAGAGCCUGUCAUUCCCUUCGCUGCUCUCGAGUCGAAGGCUUUGGAGCUGCUGACUCGUCUAUUUGGACUCAUCAACAACGAGGCGCUGCCAGCCAAGAAGCAGGAGAACGAAUUCUUGAUGCGUUGCAUAAUGAGGGUCAUGAUGUCCCUCAAGGAGAAUCUGGUGGCUAUUCUUCCCCAGAUCCUCACCGAGCUCAUCAACAUCACCGAGGCGAUCAAGAAGAGCCCCAGCAACCCAAGAUUCUAUUUCUACCUCUUCGAGGCGAUUGGCGCCCUCAUCCACUACUGUUCCGCAACCUCCUCUAGCACGCUGGAGACCAUGCUGUGGCAGCCAUUCGCCUCGAUUUUGGAGGAAGAUAUCGACGAGUUCGUCCCCUAUGUCUUCCAACUCUUUGCGGCCCUGAUCGAGGCGUCGCCAUCGACCGAGGCGCCAGCGAGCCUCACAAGCCUCUCUGAGCUGCUUCUCCAGACGACGAGGUGGGAUAGUAUGGGCGUCAAUCUCCCCGCCCCUGCAAGGUUCCUCACCGCCAUGAUCCCCAAAGCAGCAAAGACCAUCCUCGACGGCAACCGCUUGCAACAGGUGGUAGACAUCUUCGAGAAGCUAUUCUCCAAGUCAAAGCGGCUCCUUCAAGAGAGUGCUUUCGACCUUUUGGAGGCCAUGGCAAAGUCUUUCCCAGCGGCUGCCCUGGGUCCGUACUUUGCGCAAAUUAUGAUGAAGAUCGCGCCGAAAUACAAGGAGUACGAGGCAAAGGAGGAGGCAACCCAGGAGGCGGCAAAGAGGGCUGCCAAGGAGGGAAGAACACUCAUACCACUGGAUUACACGUGGUACAAGUUGCGUUUUGUGCGCUUCUACCAUCUCAUCUCGGCGUUGGGAGUGGAAACCGGAUACGGGCCCGACUACUACGCCACGUACGCCGAGGCCAUGGGACCAGGCAACUUCGUGCCCAUCUAUGUCAAGGGCGUGCUGCCUCUGACGAACCAGUUUACGCAUCCGGCGGACCGCAAGCUCGCGGUCAUUUCGCUAACAAAGACACUCUGCGACUCGCCAGCGUUUGCGGAGAAGUACGCCAAGGGAUGGGGGUGGACGGCCUCGCUGCUGUUGGAUCUACUCACCCACGAGCCCGACCUGAGCAACAAGAGCAAGGGCGUCAUGCAAGAGGCGGAUCCCGACGACGUUAGCUUUGGACGUGUCUUCACUGGGCUCAGCACGUGUAAGCGAACGCACCGGGACUACUUCCCCGACGUCACGAACUUGCCCGAGUGGAUCAAGAAGCAGCUUCACGAGGCGGAUGCGCGUCACAGCGGCAGGAUCUCGACCUUUAUGGCGCAGCGGUUGGAGCCAGACGUCCGGGCUAGCUUCGAGGCAAGGCUCGCCUAGUGAUAUUAUGAGUGUCUUGAACUGGAAAUGACGGGGUUAUCUCUGUGGGUUUGACACAGAGAGGGCCACUGGGAAGAAGAAACGGUCGGCGCUUCAAGGAGACCGGGGGGUUGGGUUAGCUGCAUAAAAAAAGAGCAAGCACUGGUGUUGCCGCGUCUAGAAUCACUGUAGGGAGUUAGAUGGCUGGGAGAAAUGACAACAGAGCCCGCAGGAUACAGUCUCGAACAGAAAAAUGAAAACUUGGCGGGGCUUUGGCCUGUAUUUCGAAGAUUCCACG